UGGCGAUGGUCUAUUCAGCCAACGAAAUUCGAAAGCCGAUAUGCCGAAAUCGGCGUCCUUUUUUCCUUUACUAUGUCCAUAAGGCACUGACUGAUAAAACUGUGUACAAAGUCGAAGCUAGAUUGACCCUUCAGAUACCCAGAUCGUUCUCAUCGGCUGGGGAUAUAGUGCGACGAAGAUUGCGGAAUAUACGGUUUCGGGGACCCGGGGUUCAGUCAAUCGGGCUAGGUUCUCCGGGGUUCAGGCUAACUGGUUUUUGGUCAGAAUCUACCGGGAAGCUUUGCAUGGUCGGAUCUGGGUUGGCUUACGCUCAUACAGGUAAUUCGCGAUCACUUAAUGUUAUUCUUAAGGUUAAUUAUUCAAAGAAUUCGAGUAUCUAUGGCAGUCUGGUUAGUGGGGUGUUAGAAAGUUUGGAUGAUAAUGGCCACUUGGAUCAUUUCGAGCCAGUUUCUAUACUUGGCAUAGCUCAUAGUAAUGAGAAUUAUGAGUAUAAAUUGAUAGAGAAAGGAAAUAGAGAUUGGUGCAUGAAUGAAGGAGGGAGCUUGCCUAUGAAUGAGGUUGAUGGAGGUCUAUGUUCUGUGCUUACUGAACGCAAUCAUAUAUUCAAAUUGUAUUAUGAGAAUAAUUGUGAUAAUGUUAACUGCAAUCCUCUUAAUGGGAGUGUUGAGUAUGUACCUAGCUUCAUGUCUUUGCUACCAAUUAGAUGUGCUGAACAGCGCAAAAUGCAGAUGUUAAUGUCAUUUCGGAACUCAAGCAAUCAAGUUAGUACAUUUCUGUUCAUUCCUAGCACCACCUUGGUUGCUGAGGGAGCUUGGGAUGAGAAGACGAAUAGUUUUUGUGCCGUUGCCUGUAGAAUCUUGAAUUUCAAAGAUUCUUUAAGUGAUGCUGUUGUUGGUGAUUGCAACACUAAGUUGAGCUUAAGAUUUCCUGCCUUUUUGUCAAUUACAAGGAUGAGUGCAAUUGUGGGGCAGGUUUGGAGUGAUAGAACACAGAAUGAUCAGGGGUACUUUGGUAGAAUAGGGUUUUGGAGCCUUAGGGAAUCAUUGAUGCGUUUUCCUGGAUUAAGAUAUGAGUAUACUCAGAAUGAUAGAGUAAGAAAAGCUUGUGCUAAUAAGAGUAAUACUAAGCGCAAGGGAAAGGCUUAUGCUGAUGGACAUUCGCCUGACAUGAGAUUUCGUAUGUCAUGAAGAAUAG